CACCAUGUCCACCAUAUAUGCAUACUCAUCCUAUACAUGCAUGCAUGAGUAUUAAAGACAUAUUAGAGAAAUCAAUAUCAUAUGUAUUGUGAGUAAUACCAAAGGAAAUAAAGAAAAACAAAAUGAGCUCAUCAUCAUCAUCUUCAUCAGUCGUCGUCUCAAUCCCAAAUGACGAAGAUCGUCUCAAAAAUACUGCCCCAGACAUAGAACAACAACAACAACAACGGAAACAUGAUCAGCGCGAGGAAACGUUCUCUGGGUCUUCUUCUUUCGUUUCGUCCGUGAAGGGCACAAUAUUGACAAAAAUGAUGAAGAAGAUGAGGAAAUGUAGUAGUGAGUAUGAGAAGAGAAGAAGAAGAAAGAUGGUGCACAGCUUCAAAGUUGGGGUGGCCUUGGUGCUUGUCUCACUCUUGUAUGUUCUUGACCCUCUCUUCCAUCAAGUGGGCCAAAAUGUCAUGUGGGCCAUCAUGACCGUCGUCGUCGUUUUCGAGUUUUACGCAGGUGCAACAAUAAGCAAGGGCAUAAACAGAGGGAUUGGGACAAUACUUGGGGGGUUAUUAGGAUGUUUGGCGGCCUUUAUAGCCCGUAAAUUGGGAGGCUUCUUACAUGGUACUAUUGUCGUCGCCAUUGCCGUUUUCAUUGUAGGUGUGGGGGCAACGUACGUAAGAAUGAUGCCGAGAAUAAAGAGAAAAUAUGACUACGGGGCGUUGAUUUUCAUAUUGACUUUCAACUUGGUGGUGGUGUCGGGUGUGCGGGCCGACAAGGUCAUUCUCUUGGCCCGGGACCGCCUGUCCAAUAUCGGAAUGGGCUUUGCGGUCUGCGUCCUCACCAGCCUGCUUCUAUUCCCCCAAUGGGCCAGCGACCAACUCCACUCCUCCACCUCUUCCACCUUUCUUCACAUCGCCUCUUCUCUCCAAGGGUGUUUGGACGAGUACAUGGCGAUUUCGGAUGAGAAGAAAAGCGGAGAAAGUGCCGACGUCAGUGCUUGCAAACGUAUCUUGUAUUCUAAGGCCAACGACGAAUCUUUGGCAAAUUUUGCAAAGUAGGAACCAUGGCAUGGGAAAUUUGGGUUCUCCUACCCAUGGGAUAAGUAUAUGGAGAUUGGAGAAGCACUACGAGAAGUUGCUGCCAUUGUUAUUUCACUCAAAGCUUGCAUUAUUCGAUCCAUGCAACAGCCAUUAACCCCGACACAACGAGAAACGGUGAAAGAGCACAGCGAAAGAGUGGGUUUAAC